AUGCCACUACGGCUCCUGUGUCUCCACGGCUGGGGGACGAGCGAGAAAAUACUACGAUCACAGCUAAGCAGCCUAAUCGGAGAUUUACAACGAGACAACACGGCCACAUUCCACUUCCUAGAAGGCGAACUCGACUCCGAGCCCGGUCCAGGCAUAGCAGGAUUCUACGAAGGCCCGUACUACAGCUACUACCGAUUCCCACGGACCUUUUCCGCAACGGAUGACGACGAAUCCGACAUCUUCGCCGCCUACGACCAACUCGACGAAGCAAUUGCCCUGCACGGACCCUUCGACGGGGUCCUAGGAUUCUCGCACGGCGGCACACUCGCCGCGGGAUAUCUAAUCCACCAUGCGAAAAUGUCGCCGGGAGUGACUCCGCCAUUUCGGUGUGCGAUCUUCGUCAAUUCUUUGCCUCCGUUUCGGAUGCAUCCUGGUCAGAGGCCGGUGAUUGAGGAGGGGUUGGAAGGGUGGAUUCGGAUUCCGGUGGUGAGUAUUGCCGGGGCGAGGGAUUUGUUGUUCGAGUUUUCGUUGGCGCUGCAUCGGAUUUGUGAUCAGCAGUGCUCGAGUUUUGUUGUUCAUGGGAAGGGUCAUAAUGUUCCGACGGAUGUGAAGAAUGUUGCUAUCAUGGCGGGUGCUAUUCGGAAGCUUUCGGUUAAGAUGUUGGGGGGUUGGUGA